AUGCCCAUGGGCUUGGAAAACAGCUCGGCUCAGCUACCAGCGGUUCUACAUUUGCCUGGGCAUUAUGCUCGUGGCCUGCGGGAGCCAGAGGAGCAGCGCUUGUCCCUUGGACUGGCUCAACGAGGCUUUGUUGUUAUGAGCUUCGACCCGAUCUCCCAGGGCGAGCGCACUCAGUACGGGGAGCGUGGUGCGGACAUCGAGCGAGCCCCUCUGCAGAUUGAUGGUGGCGUGGGCUGCCAGCUUUUCCUGUUUCUCUUUGCUGCCCUCGCCACGGGCGGAGCAGCCCUACCCACGUCUUCUAGAGAACAGGCAGAAAAAGCUUGGCCAGAAAGCGCGGCCAUCUCUGCCGCAGCUAGAAUGAUGCGAGCUGAAGCUCGAGGCGAAGUCCUGCUCGAAUCUGGAAGACAGGCUGCUGCGUACAGCGUGGAUGCGCAGGGGAAGACCGGCCUCCAGGAGGGCAUCGAUGUAGACUGCGAGUGGGGGGACUGGGCCGACUGGAGCGUCUGCCAGUUCACCUGCGGUGAAGGUAUUGCAGUGAGAGUCCGAGCUGUGAAGCAGAUGGCGCAAGGAUCAGGCAAAGCCUGCGACAACAGCCACAGGGAAGAAAGGGACUGCAAGAAAACAAUCUGCCCAGUGGACUGCGAGUGGGAGGAUUGGACCGACUGGACGGAGUGCUCCAAGAGCUGCGGCGAGGCUCAGCGUUUCGCCCAGCGCGGUAGCCGUGCCGCCGAGUUCGGCGGGCGCCUGUGCGCGGGCUCGUCGCAGAGGGCGGAGGACUGUAGUUUGGAUGACUGCCCCGUGGAUUGCCAGUGGACCGACUGGUCCGACUGGCACGGCUGUUCGAAAACAUGUGGCGGUGGGAAGGAAAGCCGAUCAAGGGAGAGCACUCCUGGCAACUCACAGGGCAAGCCCUGUGUUGGAGAGGCGCUGAACACCAGGACUUGUGCCGAGAACAUGUGCCCAACAGACUGUGUGGUAGGUGACUGGCUGGCUUGGGAACCCUGCAGCGUCUCCUGCGGCAGCGGCACCGCAGAGCGGAAGCGCAGCGUCAAGCAGCAGCCGGCCUAUGGCGGCGAAGAGUGUCCAGCUUCUGUAGAGUCACAGCCUUGCAGCCCUGAGGAGAUAUGCCCUGUAGACUGCGUCUGGAGUGAGUGGAGUGAGUGGCAAGCCUGCUCUGCAACCUGUGGCCAUGCGACCUCGAAGCACAGCCGAACAGUCAUUGUCGAAGCCAACGAACUGGGGAAGGCCUGCACUGGCGAAGCCGAAGAGGAAAUCGCAUGCAGUUACUCGGAGUGUCCCAUAGACUGUGUCCUGGCCGAAUGGUCCGACUGGUCGGACUGCAGCGUAUCCUGUGGACCAGGCAUCAUGGAGCGGAGUCGCACUCUGGACACCACGGCGCAGCACGGCGGAAAGGACUGCGGCGUCCAGGACUUGCUCUAUGAGAAGAAGUACUGCAGCCUGCCUACAUGUCCUGUUGAUUGCGAGUGGGUGGACUGGCUGGACUGGAGCGCUUGCUCAGCCAGCUGCGGCGACGGCCACUCCUCCCGCACACGUAUGGUGAAAACAGAGAAGAUGUAUGGCGGCAAGGACUGCUCUGGUGAGACGGAGCAAGAUCGCGAUUGCGACGAUGUACCCUGCCCAGUCGAUUGUGUGUGGAAUUCGUGGAGCUCUUGGACUCCUUGCAGCCAAUCCUGUGGGGGUGGUGUGAUCCACCGCUCCCGUGAUGUCGCUGAACCCGGGCACGAUGGAGGCGCCGGUUGUGCAGGAGACGCGGAUGAGGAAGCUCCUUGCGAAGCCGUCAGCUGCCCUGUUGACUGCGUGGUCGCAGACUGGUCGGACUGGUCGCCUUGCUCAACUACAUGCGGUGGUGGCGUCAUUGCCAGGUCCAGAAAUGUUCAAGUUGAAACAGCUUUUGGAGGGCUUCAAUGUCCCCAGAAUCUGACUGAGUACCUCGAAUGCGCAGUAGUCCCAUGCCCCGUCGACUGCACGCUGGGCGAUUGGAGGGACUGGAGCGCGUGCUCAACGAGCUGCGGGCAGGGCCAGCGAGUGCGGACCAGGCUUCACGCAACCGAGAGCUUCGGUGGCCUUCCGUGCCACGAGGCUCUGGACGAGGAGGCUUGCGGUGGUGAGAUCGACUGCCCACACGACUGUGUGGUGGGCGACUGGCUGGACUGGGAACCCUGCAGCGUGUCCUGCGGCAAUGGCACCACGCAGCGGACGCGGAGCGUCCAGCCGCCGGCCUACGGUGGCGCCCAGUGCCCAGCCUCUGAGGACACGAAGUCCUGCAGCCCUGCAAUUUGCGCUGUCGACUGCGUCUGGAGUGAGUGGAGCGAGUGGGAAGCCUGCUCUGCAACGUGCGGUCAGGGGACCUCACGGCACAGCCGAACCGUCCUCGUCGCGGCCAAUGAGUUGGGGAAGCCCUGCUCUGGCGACGCCGCAGAAGAAGUCACGUGCAGUUUCCCGGACUGCCCUGUAGACUGCAUCCUGGCCGAGUGGUCUAGCUGGUCGGAGUGCAGCGUCUCCUGUGGACAAGGGCUCAUGGAGAGGAGUCGUGCCGUGAACAGGGCAGCGGAGCAUGGCGGGGCGGACUGCGCCUCCCAGGACUUGCUUUACGAUCAGAAGUUAUGCAGCCUGCCUACAUGUCCUAUUGACUGCGAGUGGAGUGACUGGUUGGACUGGGGGACUUGCUCGGUGAGCUGCGGUGACGGCCACUCCUCUCGCACACGCAUGGUCAAAGCAGAAAAGAUGUAUGGUGGCAAGGACUGCGCUGGUGAGACACUGCAAAAUCGCGACUGCGGCGGCGCGCCCUGCCCUGUCGAUUGCGUGUGGAACUCGUGGAGCUCGUGGACUCCUUGCAGCCAAUCCUGUGGGGGUGGUGUGAUCCGCCGAUUCCGUGACGUCGUUGAGCCCGGCCACGAUGGAGGCUCCAGUUGCCUGGGCGACGCAGCACAGGAAGCGCCCUGCGAAGCUCACGCAUGCCCUGUCAACUGCGUGAUCACAGAGUGGUCGGACUGGUCGGCCUGCUCCGUUACCUGCGAUGGCGGAGUCACAGUCAGGUUCAGAGUUGUCCAAGUUGAAGCGGCUUUUGGAGGGCUUCAGUGUCCUCCCAACCCGACUGAGUCCCACGAAUGCUCAGCGGACCCAUGCCCCAUCGACUGCACGCUGGGUGACUGGAGGGAGUGGAGCACGUGCUCAACCUCCUGUGGGCACGGCCAGCGAGUGCGGACCAGGCUUCGCGAAAACGAGCGCUUCGGCGGGCUUCCGUGUGAUGAGGCUCUUGUGCAGGAAGAGGAGUGCUACGUGGCUCCCUUGAGGCCACAGUGCCCAGACCUUCCCACGACGCACACGACGACGUCACACCGAUACGGUGUCGCCACCAUGACGGCUCCUCCAUCAAUUCCGCCCGAGGUGGCCAAAGAGGCCUCUAAGCUGGCGAAGCAGGGCGACGUGGAGGGCUUGAAGAGAUACUUGAAGCAGGCCGAGGCUACGCGACCAGCGGCUGCAGCCGGCGCGGAUUAUGAUCCAAUGCACUUCCGCGGCGCGCAAGAAUCUCCGGAGAGCCCAAACGAGCUCAACCACACCUUCGAGGGCGGACCAAAAGAUCCGUGGCGCAAAGACCCUGAAACUACGGACAAGAAUCCGGAGCCCUGCACGAAGGAGGAGUUGCAGGCGACGGUGGAUCAAUACGGACAAGUUGGUGGCGACCGUCAGAUGGAUCAGAUCAUUGCAAAGCUCAAAGAGGUCCAGGAUCAGUCGCCUGGAGGGAGCUUGCCAGACGCUGUGAAGCUUGACCAAGCACUACAGGGAGGCAAAGAGGUAUUGAGGAUCGAAGGCGAUCUCUACGUGUAUGCCGCCCACGCCGACAGUUUCAUCGCCGACCCGAAAGUUCAGGAAUCCUUCGAGUUGUUGAUUGCGGGCAAGGCACAAGUCGACACGAGGAACGUGGAGGUCUCGCUGUCCAUUCCUCAAAGGAUUGUCGAGGCUGAGUGGCAGAAGAAAGCCAAAGGCAACAUCUUGUGCAAGUACACUAUUCAUGUGAUGUCCAAGACGGGAUCCGCAGCUGAUGGAGAUGCCGUGAUAAAGAAGUUAUCCGACGUGGACGAAGUUGAAGCAAAGGAGAAGAUACAGGCAAUCUUCAAGGAACAUGGCAUAUCACAGGAGGUGACUCCAGUGAGCAUGACGAUGAAGCCAUACAGGCUCUGA